CUUCUCAGCUACCGGCAGUAGGCACCAUGUCUUUCGUCCUACUUUCUGUCCUCUGGCUCAUCGCUCAAACUCAAGCAAUCGCCAUAAAGCAAACACCUGAAUUAGAGGUCUAUGAAGUAGUUCGCCCUAAAAAACUACACAUUUUACACAAAAGGGAGAUACAAAACAACGACACAGAGAAUGGCAAAGAGGAAAGAUAUGAACCUGAACUUCAGUAUCAGAUUACAUUAAAUGGAGAAGAAUUUGUUCUUCACCUACAAAAAAGCAAACAUCUCUUGGGGCCAGACUACACUGAAACGUAUUACUCACCCAGAGGGGAGGAAAUCACCACAAGCCCUGAGAACAUGGAGCACUGCUACUAUAAAGGACGCAUACUAAAUGAAAAGGAUUCUGUUGCCAGCAUUAGUACUUGUAAUGGGUUGAGAGGAUACUUCACGUAUCAUGACCAAAGAUAUAUGAUAAAGCCUCUGAAAACUACAGACCAAGAAGAACAUGUCAUCACAUUUAGCCAGGAAGACCUUGACCUGGCUAAUCACACCUGUGGUGUAAGAAGUGUUGGCAGGAAACCUGGCCAUAUCCGAACCUCUAGGUCACUCAAUAGCACAGAGCAAGAACACUUUCUUCUGGCUGAGAAAUACAUUGAUCUCUUUUUGGUGCUGGACAAUACCUUUUAUAACAACUAUGAGGGGAAUCUGACUUUGAUAAGAAGCUUUGUGUUUGAUGUGAUGAACCUCCUCAAUGUGAUCUAUAAAACAAUAGAUAUUCAAGUGGCAUUAGUAGGUAUGGAAAUCUGGUCUGACACUGAUAAGAUAAAGGUGGUACCCACCACAGGCGACACCUUUCACAACUUUAUGAAUUGGCAUCUUUCCAACGUGGGUAAAAUGAAGACUCAUGACCAUGCACAGUUACUCAGUGGAAUUAGCUUCAAGAAUCGACAUGUAGGAAUGGCAGCCUCGAAUUCCUUGUGUUCCCCAUCUUCAGUUGCUGUUAUUGAGGCUAAUAAAAAGAAUGUGGCUCUUGUAGGAGUGAUGUCCCAUGAGUUAGGGCAUGUCCUUGGUAUGCCUGAUGUUCCAUAUUACACCAAGUGUCCCUCAGGGAGUUGUGUGAUGAAUCAGUAUCUGAGCUCAAAAUUCCCGAAGGAUUUCAGUACAUCCUGCCGUUCACAUUUUGAAAGAUACAUUUUAUCUCAAAAACCGAAGUGCCUGCUGCGAGCACCAAUUCCUAAAAAUAUAAUAACAAAGCCAGUGUGUGGGAACCAACUUCUGGAAGUAGGAGAAGAUUGUGAUUGUGGCCCUCCUAAGAAAUGUUCCAAUCCUUGCUGUGAGGCCAUGACCUGUAAAUUAAAAUCUGAAGCCGAUUGUAGAAAAGACGCUCUGAACCAUACCACUGAAUCAAAACAUCUCCUGCACUGAGAUGCGACUUGUUGGGACAAGAAUCGAGAGAUCUAAACACACCAGGAAUCUUGUGUAUUUUCACUGUUGCGCUUAGAUGUAUUUUGCUUUUCAUUUGGCCUUAUACUUCUUACAUUUUGAUCGGUCUAGCCAACAAGUAAACAGAUGAAUUCAGAGAAAUUGCCUGUUUUCUAACACCUGAUAUUUAAUAUAUUUUUAAGGAUGGUGAAGCUUAGCUCUGCUCUUUGGGGAACAAAAGAAACUGGCCUUUGACCAAAACAGUUCAACUGUGCCGCUAAAUUAUGCAGGCUCAAUUCAGAACCGUAGAGCUAUGAGUGACUUAUAUUUUUACCCCACUCUCAUUUUACUUGUAUAGCCCAUGACAAAGUAAGUCCACUUGAUGAGAGAACUUUGGCAGAAGAAGGGGGAACAGAAUUCAUGUGUCAUUUAUUACUCCUCAGUAUUCCACUUACCUUGUUCUUAGAAGUGUAGUAUUUGUCUGUAUCACAUCAAGACUAAUUAUAUAUAAACAUUUUUCAUUUUAUCAUGUAUCAUCCUUUCUCACCAUCCAAUAUAAUGCUAAUUUUGAGAAGUCUUCAUGCUCAUAUUUUAAUUUAGCCAUCAAGGAAUGCUAUAUUCGUCUAUUGAUUUAACAUGCCCUGUACUGUCAGUGAAUAAAAUCACAAUUGUUUGAGA